AUGAAUAGACAACUCACAGUGGAAGAGGAAAUACAAAAUUUCCUCCUAAUUCAUUGCUAAUUACAAAUGGAAGCUAUAAAAAUCAUUUGGCCAUGUCUGGAAUAAGCAGGAUUUGAAUCUCUUGAAGAAAUGCUAAUCUGUGAAGAAAGUUUGCUUCAAGAAUUAGGUCUUAAGGCUCAUCACGCCAGAAAAAUCGUAUAAUCUGCAGCAUAAUACAAGUGGCAAAAUGAGUAAUAAGACCAAGAAGAAUCCUAAAUAAAUACAUUUUAAAAGUUUAAUAAUCAGUCAUCAUAGUAUUUUGACCAACCUUAAAAUGUGCUUAAAAGGGAUCCUUAAGAGAUUAAAAACUCAAAAUUUGUUGCCCAAGAUGAGUUAAAAAGACAUAAAUAGAAUGGUUAACAAAAUGCAACAUAAUAUCUGAUCUAUGAAAGCUUUAAUGACAAAGGUUCAGAAUACAAAAUGAGCAAAACACGAUUAAACGAAGAGGAUUUUACAAAAUUAAUCUCACAGAUCAAAGAAGAGCAACUCAACUAUUUGCAAGUAGUUGGUUAUUACGGGGACUUUGAGAGAUCAUUGACAUAUGCUUCUGCAUUCUUAGAUACUUAAAUCUAGCUCCUUCCACAUUUGGAAUUUGACGAAGGUCUCUUGGCUAUUAAACAUAGAGAAAAGAUAGCAUUGAUUUACAAGAUAAAUCCAAUUGUAUACUUUCUAAGAGAUAGGAGUGAGGAGUCCAGUGUAUCCUCGUCUCAGGUGUCUACAUAUAUAAGGUAUAUGCUAGAUGUCUGUGAGGCUAUUUUCGUAACUCCUCCUAAGUUACUUAAAGUACUUAAUGAUAAUACUACACCCUAUCAGGAGCAAAUAAACCCUGGGUAUUACCUAAGAGAAGUAAAUGUAAGUUAAAUCGAUUCUUUGAAGAUCCUUAAAAUUCCAGGAUCUAUCGGACACAUAUAAAAUUUGGAUAAAUAUAUGGCGUUUGGUGACAACUCAAGGCACUUUCCUUCAGGCUUAUUCAAAAAUGAGAGGAUAGAAGAAUAUAUAAAACAAAAAUUCUCAACUGAUUUCAUCGAAUAGAAUUCAAAGCAGUAGCAAGCUGCUUAAAAGAAAGAUUUUACAUUUGAAUAGUUGAAAUAAUAGGUUUAAAUUCACUGGCCUAAGUAUGAGACAGUAUUUUAAAACAAAAAAAAUGAAAGAGUUUUGAAAUAGAAUCUAGAUAAACUACUUAAAGGCUUCGUGGUCAAAGAAAAUUAAUAAGAAUUUGGAUAAAGAAUCUAGAAAUUGGAAGAUUAGUACUUUGUAAAUCAUUAGAAUCUCUAAGAUUAAAUUAAAAGGGAUGAGCUAUCAAAACUUAAAGGAAUAUUUGAAGCAUUCUUUGAUAGAUUAGGAGAUUCAUCAUGCAUUGCAUUUGGAAAUGACUCAAACUAAUAUAGAAACGAAUCUGAUCCUCAUAAGAAAAGAAAGUGGCUUCUAGACAAAGCUGAUUAUUAUAGAGCAGCAAAAAAUUAAAAAUUCUCAGAGAGCUGCGAUAAGAAAUGUGGUAACUACCCUUACAAAGUAUUUUAAGCAAACUACUCUUAGAUGGCAGGAUAGGCUAAAAAAGCUGGAUCAGGUGGUAGUUCAAAACUAAUAAAUUGGGUGGAGCUAGAGAAAUAUUAUUAUUAAAUGUUUGGAGAAGAAAGAAAUGUUCUUAUCCAUAAGGAUUGUAGGGAUCAAGCAAAGCAAGCGAUAGUCAUACUUUUGGAGGAUUUUAUCAAAUACAAUGAUAAGAUUUAGGAGAAGUAUCAAGAGCUCAGACAAUAAGAAAUGAGAAAAGCAUUAAAAGAUAUUGAACCUCUUAUCUAAUAAAAGAAAAUCAUCCAAGAUAUAACUGCAGAAAUCAGAUUUAUUUCUGCAAAUAUGAUGAAUGAUACCUUGAACAAUAAAAAAGAAUGGUCAGUAAAUAUCUCAGAUCUAAAUGUCCUAAGGUAUAAAUUUGACUAAAAUUAGGAACAUGGACAUAAUAUCAAAAUUAAGAAUAUGCAUUUCCUUAACGAUUUCUCUGGCUUUAUUUUGUUUCAAAACACCCCUAUUAAUAGAUCAAGCUUAUACUUCUUUAAUACAUUAAAAAGGGAUUCAGAUAAAUUUGAGAAUAGAAAUAUAUAACCAUCUAAUGAUUCAAUUUUUGCUUUUGACAAUGAUUCUUUGAGAUUUUUCUAUUGCGAUAACAUUGAUAAAAAAGCUACAUUAUCAAUAUUCAACAAAGAUGGCCAUAUCAUUGAUACUAAAUAACUAGUUCUGUAUGACUUACUAUCUGAAAAUAAAUUAGAAGUUAAAAUUUUAGAUGCCAUUUUGCUCCCAAAAAAUUAGAAAGCUUUAUUACUCAAUCAAGACCAUUGCCUUUAUGAAUAUAACUUUAAAGAUAGAAAUUUCUCUGUCACUAGAAUUACUAAAAGUGUGAAUGAUGGGAUACACAAAGAUAAAUUUAUAACUGAAUUUGUGUAGCCUUAAAAUUAUGAUGAAAAAUUUUUGCAAAUUUAAGCUACUUCUGAUGGCAGCAAAAUUAUUUUAAGGGCUACAAAAAGCAUUGAGCUGUAUGAUCUUAACUGGAGCAGAAUAUAAGUUUUUUAAUUAAACCAAAACUUUCUAUUCAUGAAGGUGUUCACAGAUAAAUUAAAUCAUUUUUUGAUAAUCUUCUCAAAGUCAAUAACAGAGUGCCAUCAGAUCGGUUCAUUAUCAUCUAAGACACUUUAAAAUGAUAAUGUUGGACAUAAGGUGAAGAAAGGUGAUGGUAAUCCUAUUUUGAAUUAUUUUUAUGAGGCUUUUAAAAAAUAUGGCCCUCACUCUGAUUUUCUUGGCUGUCCUUCAAAGACAUAGUUAUACUUUUCAGAAGAAAAUAACCCAUAAAAUGCAUCUAUUUUAGAAAAUUACUUUAAGCUACUAGAAAUGAAAAGUACAAUACAGUUCAAAAUAGCAAAGUCUUAAGAUAUUUUGAAAAGAGACUUUAUUAAUUAGAAAUAAUCAUUCAUUGAUACUCAUAAAUUUGAAAUGAUCAUGGCUAGUAGAGUUCCACUUCAUCUAGCUACUAUUGAAAAUUCUACUCUUAUUCCCUUAUAAAACGGUCAAAAUAUCUCUGAGGCUAUUGCAGAGAAAAUUAGAGAAAAAAAUGAAAAAGGAAACAAUUAGUUAGAAAUCAAAGACAUUUCAUAAUUGGUUAACUUUGGAAUCUACUAAAAUAUUAUGAACAACGUUAAGGAAUCUAUUAAAGUAGUGUCAAUCGUAGGUAGAUAAAGUUCCGGAAAGAGUUACGGAUUAAAUAGAAUAUUUGGUACUAGAUUCAAUGUAGCAGCUACAAGGUGCACUGAUGGAAUUUGGAUGUCAUUGGUUUAGAUAUACCAGGAGCAGAAUAGAUAAUCAAAGGUCUAAUAUUUUCUUGUUAUGGACUGUGAAGGACUGUUUUCCGAGCGCAGAAACGAAGAUGAAGAGAUCAAACUUUGCCUUGUACUCUCUGCUAUUUCCGAUAUGAUGAUCUUAAACUAAGACUUGUCUUUCAACAGGAAUCUCAAUUAAUUGUUCCACAAAUUUAGUGAAAAUGUUGGAAAAAUAUAAGGAAAUAAGCUCUUCAAGGGAAAACUGAUGAUGCUGAUAAGAGAUGUUAGAUCUGAUGAAGCUAAGCCUGCAUACUCAGAGCUUAAAUCUAAUAUUGAAUAGCUAUAGAUAAGCAGAUAAGAUAAAUUUUUCGGAGCUGUUUUCUAAGGAAAAUUAUUAGGCCAAUGCUUGAGCUACUAUCAGCAAAAGAUAUUUGGCUAUGAGAUAAACAACAUUAGAGAUCACUAUUUUUUAUCUAGCAAACAUUUGCUUCAAAAUAGAUGGGAUAACGGCAAAGAUCUUGUUGAUAGUCUUAAGAUAGUGUUAUCGUAGGUCUUUUUAAAUGAUGGAUCUAGCAUUGACGAUAAGAAAAAAGAUAUCCAAUGUGAAAAUUAAUAAAAGCAGUGCGAGGAAUCAUUCUUUAAAGGUGGUGAACUGAUAAAGGAUGAAGAAAUUAAAAUUGAUACUAUACUUAAAAAGACUGUGGUAAUUGAAGGAAAAAGUAUAGAUAUAGAAGUUGACUAAAAAGACAUACAGCUAGAUGAAAUCGAUUAGGAUUCAGAGAAUUCAUAAAUGCCUGCUCUAUCUGAAAAAGUGAUGGAUACAUUCAAAAAAUCUGCUGGUGAAAAGAAUUCUAAAAAUCAUGAUGAUUGGACAAAAGCAUUAGACGAUUUUAUUUCCUCCUUGUUAGAUCAUAGAAUUAUGAUAGUGAUGCAAAUAUACAUAUAGAAAAUACCUAAUGAUGGCAACUUCGAAAAUAUCGUAAUCAAGCAUCGGAAAAAUCUAGAGAAAAAGGUGAAAAUUUAUAAGGAAGAAGUGAGAUUCUGUUCUCAGACAUGUAAAAAGUGCAAUCGAAAAUGUUCUUUAAAGUAAAACCAUGGAAAGAAUUGCACUUGCAAGACAGAUCAUAGAUGUCAUUUUUACUGCGAUAAAUCAUUGAAAUGUAAAUAACAAAACAUGAAAUGUGACAGAAAUUCGGGACAUAAAGGUACUCAUUUAUGUGCACAAGGAGAUCACAAUUGCACUGAAUAGUGCUCAAUGAAAGAAUGUAUGUACUUUUGCACAGAUGAGGAUGGGCAUGCAGGUGCUCAUAAUUGUGGGAAUAAGCAUCCAUGCUUGGUAAAAUGUUUGGACAUUAAAUGCUAAAGAACUUGCAAAUUUGAGUAAGCUAUUAAACAUGAUUAGCAUAUUUGUGGAGAAGUUAAGUGCACCCAUAAUUGCUCAGAGUGCGAUUAGUAAUGUUCAUUCCCUAACCACCUUCACUAAACACUUAUCGAUAAGGAUAAUAAAAGUGAGUUAAAAAAAAUUGCAGACAAUGGAUAAGAGAUAAUUCAAAAUUACCACAUUUGCGCAAAUGAUCAUUAAUGUAAAGAAAUUUGCUAAAUUGAUGGAGUUUGCGAGAAGAUAUAUGACAUGUGUGAAAAAUCUUGGGUAAAUGAAUUUGGAACUUUCAAGUAUUAAGCUUUUGAACCUAGAGGAACUAAAAUCAAAUGCGAAAUCGGAAUAGCUAAAUAUCUCUAGAUACAUAAUGGUCCUCAUAAAUGUGAUAAACCAGUUCAUGGAUGCACCUAAAAGUGCCCAGAAUGUUCAGGUCUUUGUGAAAAAGAAUAUGGUCAUCCUGGACUACAUGGCUCAAAGAAUCAUAUUAACAAAUAAAAUUGCGUUUUCGUUUCAGAUAAGAAUGACCCCAAAAUUCUAAUCAAUGACAACGGUAAAAAGAGAGAGUACAAACUUGGAGAAUCAUGCAAUCCUGAAUAAUGCAGAUCCUCUUGUUAAAGAAAAGGCAGAGCUCAUAUUCAUUUAAAGAAAUGCUUGGGAGGAGAUCUUUGCCAUGAAAAAAUUAAUCCUUCCUGUGCAAAACACGCACUUGAAAGGUACAAGCCGUUUAUUGAUGAUCAAUUCGAUAAAAUGCUCUGUUAGGAUUAUUGGAAUUCAAUGAACUGGGAAUCUCCUCUUGAUGAAGCUCUAAUUUUAGAAUCAAAAUCUUGCAAUUUUUAUUGUGGUGAUCCUGUCCAUGGUGAAACAAAGAAAUUCUGCUCUAAUUUGGCUUGGCACAAAGGCUGUCAUGUAUUUAACUGUGAUCACCCAAUGUCAAAAUCAGAUGUCAUUGAUGUCAUUUUUUGUAUGGAUGCUACAGGUUCUAUGUCUAGUUACAUUGAAGAAUCUAAAAAGGUUGCAAGGAAAAUCAUUAACGACAUCUAGAAGAUGUCAAGUGAAGAAAUUAAAAGGUCAAUUAAAUUUGGAUUUAUUGCUUACACUGAUCAUUAAAGUGAUUACAAAACUAAUGAAAAAUCUAGAAAUUUAGCUGUGACUAAAGUGUAAGCAUUGACAGAUGAGACAUAAGUAUAAUCAUUCAUUGACACAAUAAGAGCUGGAGGAGGUGAUGAUUAUGCAGAGGCAGUAUUAGAUGGUCUCAAUGAUUCAGUAAAGAAAGUUGGUUGGAGGAAAGACUCACUCAGAUUUCUGUUUCAUAUUGCAGAUGCUCCCCCUCAUGGAAAAUAAUUUCAUAGUAGUUCUAGUGAUAGUUUUCCCGAGGGUUGUCCUUGUGGUCUAGAUUUCAAGAAAAUUUGUGAGGAGAUUAACAAAGAGAGGAUAAAGUUUAGGAUGCUUAAGAUUGGUAAUAACUUGAAUCAGAUGGCAUCUUAAUUUAGAGCAGAGAUAACAGAUUUUGAGGAUUCAAAUCUUAAAGAUGCGGGUUAAUUGAAUAUUUUAGUUUCCGAUAUUGUUGUAAAAGAAGUCUAAGCCCAAGAUUACGAGAUUAUAGCAUGA